UAUAAAGUCAAAACAUUGCUAUAACAGUAGUAUACUUUCUUCGAAUAUCCUCAUACAAUCCUCUCUUUUUCUUCCAUCUGCUUCAGCUUUCCCCCAGCAAUGACGCUUUUCUUCAAGAUCAUCGGAACCCACCAGAUGUUAAUGCUGUUGCUGGCCGUUCUGAUCGUUUCUUGUUCAUACACCCAGAAAGCACAAGCCUUUAAAGCACCCUUUCGUCCCGGAGACGUAUUGCCGCUGCUGCCAAGGCAAGUUUCUUGGCCUGUUUUGAACAAACUCAACAACGCAGUGGACCUUCUGCCCACUUUUGUCGGGGCGGCCUCUGCUACAAACAAUUCACUCUUACACUGGAAAGGAGCUUGCUUUUACAACAACACUGCUUGGUUGGUUUUUCACAACAACAGUGGAAGUAGAUUUGGGGGUGGUACUCUCCACAUUAAGGUUAGCAAUGCACAUAGUUGGACAUGUAUGGAUCUUUAUGUCUUUGCAACCCCGUAUCAAGUAACAUGGGACUAUUACCUUCUUUCUCGUGAGCAUACCCUUGAUUUCAAAGAGUGGGAAUCAGAAGCUGAAUUUGAAUAUGUGAAAAAUAGGGGGGUUUCGAUUUUUCUCAUGCAAGCAGGGAUGUUGGGAACCCUUCGGGCUCUCUGGGAGGUGUUGCCUUUAUUCACGAAUACUGAUUGGGGUCAGAAUGCUAAUCUUGCAUUUCUUGAAAAGCACAUGGGUGCUUCCUUUGAAGAACGACCUCAACCAUGGGUCACCAACAUUACGGUGGAUGAUAUCCACUCUGGAGAUUUCCUUGUGUUGUCCAAAAUUCGAGGCCGAUGGGGUGCCUUUGAGACCCUAGAGAAGUGGGUGACUGGGGCUUAUGCUGGUCACACUGCUGUCUGCUUAAGGGACUCUGAAGGAAAGCUAUGGGUUGCUGAAUCAGGACAUGAAGAUGAGCAGGGAGAAGACAUUAUUGCCGUCUUACCGUGGGAUGAAUGGUGGGAAUUUGAGCUGACAAAAGAUGAUGCCAAUCCGCAGAUAGCACUGCUUCCCUUGCAUCCUGACCUUCGUGCCAAGUUCAACGAGAGUGCAGCCUGGGAAUAUGCAAAAAGCAUGUCUGGAUUACCUUAUGGUUAUCAUAACUUGAUAUUUAGCUGGAUAGACACUAUUAACGGAAAUUAUCCAGCACCUUUGGAUGCUCACCUGGUUGCUUCAGUUAUGACUGUUUGGACUCAGUUGGCUCCUGCGUAUGCUGGUAACAUGUGGAAUGAAGCAUUGAACAAACGACUUGGAACUCAGAACUUAAGUCUUUCUGAAAUUAUUGUCGAAGUCGAGAAGCGUGGAUCAUCUUUUGGUGAAUUGUUGGCAAUUCCUGAACAAGAUAAUUGGGUUUAUGCUGAUGGGAAGUCAACAUCGUGCGUUGCUUUUGUCUUCGAAAUGUACGAGGAAGCAGGGCUGUUUGGUGAACUUGCAAGCUCUAUUCAAGUCACUGAGUUCACAAUAAAAGAUGCUUACUCUCUCAAGUUCUUUGAAAACAAUUCAAGCCGUUUGCCCAAGUGGUGCAACGAUGGGGACACGGUAAAACUCCCUUUCUGCCAAAUUCGAGGGAAAUACAGGAUGGAAUUACCUGGAUACAAUACCAUGGAUCCUUAUCCUCACAUGAACGAGAGGUGCCCAUCCUUGCCACCGAAAUAUCUCAGACCAGCAGGCUGCUGAUACAUGAGCUGCCUGAAAUUGUAGUUUUAAAUUAUCUUGUACAUCUUAGUUGGUUAACAUGUAAUACUCAAAACGUUUGGCCUGCCUAAUGUCGUCCACCCGGUACAAGUGAAGACUUGUAUCCUUAGAAGAUUUGUAAUAUUUCAUGGAAAACCAGUAGCCCAUGAUUGUACAGCACAAUCCCUAGAGUAUUUGAAAUACAGCCCAAUUUACAGGAGAAAAAGGGUUCCAACAGAAAACUGUAGACUAUUGUUAUGUUCAACGGCACAUGAAUGCUUAUACGCAGGUUUCAUAACUAGGAAACCAUAUAUUUCUGUUA